UCCCGAGGCGGGGACUGCUGAGCUAACUGCUCCUGUGUCAAAGCAGCGGCUCCGUGUAGCAGGAAACACACAAAAAUGGUCUGGUUCCACUGUAACCAGUGCUUCAAAAGAAGAGGAUCCACGUUUGCCGCGUCCAGCUGUGGCCACAUUUUCUGUGAAGCAUGCGUUAAAUCAAAUCCGUGCACCGUAUGUGGGGCCAGCUGCAGCUAUCUGGCUAUCAAUGAGAUGAAGCCGCAGGAAAAAAUGUUUUUCAACGACCCGGUGAAGCUCAUCCAAUCACGGCUAGAGCACAUGUGUCAGAUUGUCAUCUUUCAGCAGAUGCAGAUGGAGAGAGUCAUGGCACAAUUCAAGCACAAGUCUGCUGAAUUGGAAAGACGCCUUAAAGAAGUCACCGAGCAGAGUUACAGGCAACUCUCAGACCUGCAAAGAGAGAAUGCUGACUUAAAAAAGCAGCUUUUAGAGGUGAAGAAAGAAACUAUGGAAUUGAAAAAGCCACUUUCACAAUGGAGGCUCUCUCCAGGACAAUUUCAAACUGAAGGAACUCAGAGGAUGUCCCUCCCUGUGGCUGUCACCUCCCCAGUUACGCCUCGUUCAAGAACCAUGAGACUCCUGGAUCAGCUGCUUCAGUUUCCAGCCAUAGUUCUCUUCAUGAAUACAGUAAGUGUGGCUGCAAACACACUCUUGUAGCUCUGCCAUGGAUGCUGUGAUCAAACUGGAAAAUGUGCUGCAUCGAAUUGGAUACUGUGUGCCUCCAAUCCCCAAUCAAAAUCUUUCUCUUUGUUUUAAAAAGGAACACCUACAUCAUUAAGCACACCUACCAGGUGAGGGAAAAGUUACCUGGCAGCUACUUACAAAUUCUAACUUUUAUCAAACAUUGUAGCAGAUUUAUAAAAGCUCUUGAUAUUUUCACAUGUAACUGAGUCAGUUCAUUUUCAUCCCCAGAACCCAGACUCCUGGUCUUUUACAGUUCAUAAGUGGAUUAUCAAUUCAGUCACCUAGGCACUGAUUAAAUGUCUAUUUACACCCCUGCACGCGUUCCUUAGUUGAGAUUUGUGCAUUAGGACUAUGAAAUUGUUGUGUGGUUUUGCCCUGAUAACAAAAAAGGUGUGUAUACAUUGUUUUAC